AUGACCGGACCCGGGGCCGGAGCCGCACCGGUAAUGUCGGGGAUUCGUAGUGAGAGGAGAUCAGAGGAGAGGAGAGCGGAAGAGAGAUUCACGGUGAGCGGCCCCUCGCGCCCAGUCACAGCCACCGCUGGUUCCCAUGUGGUGCUGGUCUGCAAGUGCUCCGUAUCCCUGAGGCCGGAGGGUGUGGAGAUCAGGUGGUUCAGGACCAGGUUCGACUCCCCCGUGUACUUAUACAGUGAGGGACGGCCUCAACUAGAAGAACAGGAUGAGGUCUACAGACGCAGAGCACAGCUGUCGACAGAGAGGUUGACGGAGGGGUUUGCGUCCCUCACACUGACAGAUGUGCGGGUGACCGAUAACGGAACCUUUACGUGUUUUGUUGACUACGACGGAUCGAAUGAAGAUGCAAAGAUCCAAUUACAGGUUACAGCGCUUGGCCGACAGCCGUGGGUUCACAUUGAAGAGCAGCUCAACGGUGGUGUGAGGCUGUUGUGUGAAUCCAGUGGGUGGUUCCCGGCACCAGAGGUUGUGUGGAAUGAUGAUCGGGGACAAAACUUAACUCCGGUCAAUGUCGCGACGGUCAGAGAGGACUCUAAAGGUUUCUUCAGCGUUGAAAGUCAAAUAGAAAUCAAACCGUCGACCAACACGAUCAGGUGUGUGAUUCGCACCGCGGAUCAUCAACAAGAAGCUAAACUGCGAAUCUCAGACCAGUUCUUCCCCAAAGUGCCAGUGGGUUUGGUGGUUUCCUCACUGCUCCUGGGCUUUGCCGGAUUGGUGCUGAGUGUCCUUGUCGGCUACGGCGUGAAGCAGCACCGAGAGGUCACAGCUCCUCAGAUCAGACUGGGUAAGCAAAAAUAAAUCCCUCCGACAUCCGUAACAUCGUCUCGGCUCCGCGUCGCCCGUGAACUGUGUUUCUGAGACAAACCGAUGGAGAAGGACAACGGAGAGAGAGAUGGGACGGACAGAGGGACACGUUCAGCCAUUGCGAACACACACACAGAGAGAGAGAGAGAGAGAGAGAGAGAGAGUUACACAAAGCGACUCAGAGAGAAAGUUAUAGAGAGACUCGGCCGUCUUCGCAGCUUUGUCCGGUUCCCUCCCUCUCUGCCCCGACACCAAGUCUGUAGGUCACCCCCUCGAUCUCCCCGAUCCUCUCCAUUUAAACUGUUCCCACUUGUCCCCACAUCGGGUAACUUUCACCACCAAACCCAUUCCAUCUUCCGGGGAUGUUUGGUUGACUGUUUAUCCGCUGUCUAACCCGCCCGUCCUCUGCUCUAUUGACGACUCGGUCCCUGUUAUCUCAGGGCUGUCCCGAGGCCUCACCUUUACUGCUCCAACGGGUUUGGUGACGGUUAUUCCCAAUGAGGUUACAGUGGCCGUUUGCCAAUGUUCUGUCCUCUCCACUGCAUUUCCUUCCUCCGUCCCCGUCAGUCCAGAGACCUCCUGUCCCCUGGACACAUGUCACCGACGGCUGCCCUCACUGCCCUCACACCGCCUCCAUCCCGGUCCGUUAUCCCGGCCCUGUCGUUCCGACAUCUCUCUGCAAU